CAAGGCCUGGGGACUAUGAAGACUCCCUCUGAGGAGCGUCUUAAAGAACCAGGGGUCAGACCUCCUCAACCUCCUCACCCGGAAGAAGGGCCCUGCGUCCAGUUGUGGGCAAGGCCAUCCAAGGAGGAGAUGGACAAGAGGGAGGGGUCCAGAGAAGAGCCGGCCUGCAAGGAGAAGGGAGGGGCCCGGCCGCGAGAGAGACACCUGCCCCCAGCGCAGCCUUUCCUCUUCCAGGGAAAGAAGGCAGCAGGAGGAAGAGAGCAACGUGGCCGCCGCCGCCCCUCCUCUGCUCGGGGCUGCUCGGCGUCGGGGAGGCGGAAGGGAGGCCGGGCUCAGCAGCCUGAGACCCUUGGGCCGAGACCUGCUCUGAGCGGAGAUGGAGGGUCCAUCGCCUUCAGCUGCCCCCCGCCCCAUGGGGCUGAGCUACGCAGUGGGGGCUUCGCAGCUGCUGGGCCUGGCGGUGCUGGCCGUGGUGGGGGCCUGGAUGGGGCACUUCCGGGGGGGCCUGGCCUGGGAGAGCCCCCAGCUCCAGUUCAACGUCCACCCGCUCUGCAUGAUCCUCGGGAUGGUCUUCCUUCAGGGGGAUGCCCUCCUGGUCUACCGCAUCUUCAGGACGGAGAGCAAGCGGGCCACCAAGGUGCUCCAUGGCCUCCUCCAUGUCCUGGCCCUCCUCGUGGCGCUGGUAGGGCUGGUGGCCGUCUUCCAGUACCACAAGAAGAUGGGCUUCCCGGACCUCUACAGCCUCCACAGCUGGUGUGGCCUCCUGGCCUUUGCCUUCUACAUCGUUCAGUGGCUGAUGGGCCUGGGGGCCUUCCUCUUCCCCGGGGCCUCCUCCUCCCUGCGCAGCCGCUACAAGCCGCAGCACGCCUUCUUCGGGGCCGCCCUCUUCCUGCUCUCCAUUGCCACCGCCCUCCUGGGCAUCCUCGAGCUCCUCCUCUUCAAGAUCAAGGACAGGUACAGUGCCUUUGUCCCCGAGGGGCUGCUGGGCAACGCCUUGGGGCUCCUGCUGGUGGCCUUUGGGGCCCUCCUGGGCUACAUCCUGACGCGGGAGGAGUGGCGGCGGCCCCUCCAGGGAGAAGAAAUGGCCCUCUCCAUGGACUUCAAGAAACUGGCCGAGGAGGAGGAGGAGGGCGGGGGCAGCCCCGUGGACCCCCGCUGAGGGCCCCCUCCCCUCCGUUGCCUGGCUUGCCUGUGUCCGUCCGUCUGUCUGCAGUCGAUGUCCCCCCUCCUGUGCCACCGCCCUCCCCCUUUCAGCCACCAAAACAGGAGCAGCUGCAGCAGCAGCAGCAUUAGGAGCAGGCUCUCUUGCCCUUCCCUGCCCCCCCUGCCUGAAAUGAGGGGGCUGUGGAGGGAGGAGAACACCUCGCCCUGUGAGAAGGGACUCCCUUCUCAAGACCUCUGGCCACUGCACUGGUCUGGCCUCAUGAUGGAGAAGAGAGGAGUGUGUGUGUGUGCAUUGGGGGGGGGGGCAUCUCUUCCUAAGGAGGGUCAUUUCACACCACAAAGGGGGGGGUGUCUCUUGGGGAACAGAAUUGGCUGGCCUUGUGGCCACCAUGGGCCCAACUCAUAGAAUUGUAGAGUUUGAAGAGAUUGAAAGGGCCCAUCCAGGCACUUCCAGUCAUCCAGGAAAACACAAGUAGAACCCUCCUGACAGAUGUCCAUACAAGUGGGGGCGGGGGGGAGGUUGCACUUCCUUUACUUUUCCAGGAAGGGGUGGCGGUGGCGGACAGUGCUAUGUUUUCCCCAAACACUGCCUCCUUCUGCCCCCCUCCCCUUUCCCCUCUGAGCUCCUUGGGCUUUUGGAAGAUACACCCCCCCCCCCCCAGCUUUGGGAAAGGGACUGGUCCUAGCUUUGUAGGAAAGCCCUUCCUUUGGCUUCAGGUGACGUGAGAGGGACCUUCUUUUGGGGAGGGAUUUACAGAGGGGGGGGUGGCUUCCCCUCUUGUGGGCCUAGCUGUCUGUUUGCUCCUUGCAAUCCCCUCUCCUUAGUCCCCCCCCCCCCCAACAGACCCCAAGGGGAAGGGAGAGAGGUUGGGAAAAGCUCUACCCACUGGCCUUGUGGGAUGACGUGGCCUUAAUGCCAAGUGAGUGUUGCCCUCGGGUGGGAUCCCCCCCCCCAACACUAUCUGCCCCUUGUCUGGGGGGCAGUUCUUUCAAAUGCGUAGGCAGACAGAGCCAGUCCCUGAAUUCAUAGGGUUGAACUGCUGUGGCAGCAAAGCCCUCCGUCCUCAGUGUGGCCUUGAUCCCAUCGCCCUUUUUCUGCUGCAAGAGUCUUGUGAUGUUUGGUAGCUGAGUGAGAUCCCAAUAAAUAUUUGCAAGGAAAAAGGCA